AUGGGCUCCUCGGGUGUUUGCAGACAGGUCCUGAGCAUCACUGCCAAGUCAAACUUCUCAUUUCUCUCCUCAGGGCAGCAUAGGACAGAGGAGUUCCGGAAGGUGAACGUCCUGAUGAAGGUGCCUGCGCUAAGGGACGGUUCUUUCACCUUAGCAGAGAGCAUUGCAAUCCUCCUGUACCUGGCCCGGAAAUUCAAGACUCCUGAUCACUGGUACCCAUCUGACCUGCAGAAAAGGGCUAGGGUUGAUGAGUACCUGUCAUGGCAGCACGUCAACAUUCGUGGGAAGGGGAGCAAGCUGUUCUUAACUAAGGUGCUGUUGCCUCUCCUCACAGCCCAGCCACUUCCUCCAGAGAAAGUGGAAAGUGUUACUGAAGAGCUGAACGUUGUCCUGAAGCAGUUUGAGGAGAAGUUCUUGCAGGACAAGCCCUUCAUUGCAGGCAGCGAGAUCUCCCUGGCAGACCUUGUAGCGCUGGUGGAGCUCAUGCAGCCUGUUGGUGCUGGCUACGACCUCUUUGAGGAGAGGCCGAAGUUAGCAGAGUGGCGCAGGCGGGUGGAAGAAGCGGUGGGGAAGCAGCUCUUCCAGGAAGCCCAUGAAGGGAUUUUGAACGCCAAGAACUUGACCGCUGAUAAGAUUGCACCUGAACUGUUGGAGCAUUUCAAGCACCAGCUCCUAAAGCAGGCCAGCCAUAAUUAGGGGGUUAUCCUUUAAGUAAAAUGGAUUAUUUUGCACAGGCUUUUUGUAGUAUUUCAGCAUUUCUUCUAAAAAUCAUACAGAAA